AUGGAGCCAACCCGCGUGCCGGCGGAGCGCGUGGACAACAUCUUCUUCAAGAAGCUCGGCGUCGAAUUCCGCCUCGCGUCGGCCAAGGACGUGCAGGAUGCGAGCCGGCGCGACGAUGGACGGCCAGGAUCCGACGGCGAGGAUGAUAACGGCGGGUUCGGAGGGGACGGGCUGUCGCUGCCUCCCGGCGGGUCUCGCCUGGCCGUUUCCAACAAGUUCGGCGUCUCCGUGCUCGCCAGCGCUUGCGCUCCCAUUUUCUCACCUUCCCAUCCCUCACCACCGCAUCCCGCCCCGCCGAUUCGGCUUCGAGCGUUGGUCGUCGCAGGCUUCUACGCGGCGCACACGCGCGAUCUGCUCGUCGUCGCCAUGGGCUACAAACGCCGCGCCGAGGCGGGCGACACAUUCCUCGACGCGCCGCUCUAUGCCGGCGCUACAGCCGUGCGGCGAUACCGCCAGGACGGCAUCACGGCUGUAGCGCUGGCGGCGGACGAGCUCACGCUGGCGGUUGUAGCGGGCGCGCGCGUCGCGCUCUACAGCCUGCCGGCGCUGGUCGCGCCGUCUCCUGUGCUCAAAACAGACGAGGAGGCGCUGGUGGCGGAGGGGGCGGCGUGCAAGGCGGCGGAGGCGAGCGGCGCAGCAGCGCGCAUGGAGAGCCCCCCCGCGCCCCUGCACACUGUACACGUCGCGGAGGCCCUGCAGGCCGCGGGGCGGGGCGGAGAGGGGGAGGAGGGCGCGCGCUUGGCGGAGUGGGGGUGGAACCCGGAGGUGGCGGGGAGCUUUAUGAUGCGCACGGAGGGGGGGAUGGUGCUGGCAGGGCGCGUGGGGCAGGCGGGACUCAAGCUCGUUGCUGAUGGCGCAGCUGCUGGUAUGCAUUCCGCUGCUGCUCUCUGCUUUGUUUCUAGGCUUUCUAGCCGCGUGGAGCCCGUGUGGCAUGUUCCUGGCGGUGUGCUCCGCCUCAGCGCGUCUCACCUUCCACUCCGACCUGCUGCUGCCGCUCUUCUCGCUCUCCCUUGA